AUGGCGGCCUCGGGACGACCAGGAUCGAGUUCACAUCAGUCUGGGCAUCGUCCAUCCUUCGCAUCCCACAGCUUGGCUGGGCAAUCGUCCACCACCCCAGUCCAGCGCCGUCCUGUACGGACAUUACCACCGUGGAUUGAUUCGUACGAAACACGCUACGGCACGCCGACCGACCAGCAACUCCUCGCCCUUAGCUCCCCUCCUCCCCGCGCAUUACCCGCACACCACAACCACACUCCGAGCCAACCCCAACCGCGCGUAUCCCAGGACGGGUUUGUCUACGAGAAUCCGGCCGUCCUCAACCUCCAAGGGCCGCGAACCUCCCGAGCUCGCCUGCGCCGACUCCUCAGACGCGGUGAUGGAUCUGAACGGGGGCGAAAAUGGGAUCACCUACGGACGGCAGAGCCCGUGAUCGUACCACGGUUCAGCCGAGGCACCUCGGACACGCCCUGGCGAAGCUACGUACAGUCAUCGCGGUACGGUCGGCUGCCGAAUGAGGAGGCGCAGAUCGUCGACCCGGAGGUGCUGAAUAAGAUGCAGCCGAACCUCAACACGCCGCUCGAGCCUGGUGACGGCAAUGGAUCGACGGGGCGGGGCAAGAAGUCGAAUCGGCGGAGUGUGCUGUACAAGCGGAUAUGGCGUAUUAUCCUGCGUCAUCCUUUGGUCCCGCUCGCGUUCCGGCUGACCGUGCUGCUGACCUCGAUUAUCGCGUUGGCUCUGUCGGCGCGCCUCUCUGAGAUCGAGCAACACAAGGACGACCAUUCAUCCGAGCUGGCCCAGGCGAUCGUCGCGAUCGCUGUCGACUCGGUCGCCAUCCCGUAUAUUGGCUAUAUGACCUGGGACGAGUACACGGGCGAACCAUUGGGCUUGCGGGCGGCCAACCAAAAGAUUGCCCUCGUUCUGCUAGAUUUGUUCUUCAUCAUUUUCAAGUCGGCCAGCACGGCGCUCGCGUUCGAGGCGUUGGUGUACCGCAGUUCACGCGACCGUGAGACUCGGCAAUACAGCCAGGCCUUGGCGUCUUUUCAGAUCAUUGGUCUGAUGGCGUGGAGCUUCACGCUAUCCGUGAGCGUGUUUAGGCUCGUGCAGAAGCUGGGUGGUGGGGAAGACUGA